AUUUCAAUUUUGGAGCAAUCUCACAACGCUGGUUGUUGGCAACGCCUUGAAUGUUGGUUGCUCCUUAUAGGUGUCUCAUCCAACCUCGUCUUUUGGGAGCCAAAAUCCCCUCAAAGGUGUCAAAAUCUCCCAAAAUUUUCUAGUUCUAUGAAUUAUUAUUGGUGA